AUGAACACGUCCACGAUGAACUCCAUAAGCUCGGUAUCUGCUCCGGUGAAACGACUCUUCGAUGCUUUUCCGCUAAAAACAUACACCUCCAAACCAACACCAUUACAAACUGCUACAAGCACGCAGUACUCCCUACAGUUCAAGACUGCUCCCAAGAAAAAUAUCCCGAAUAAAUGGUUUAAUUUGAUCGUCUACAGUCUUGUUCCGCUGGAAUACGAUGCCGAUUGCGUGAUAUCGUUGGAUCCUCUCUGCAGUGCAGCCUUACUGUAUCUGUGCUACAAGCAUGGAUUUUCUCUUCCCAAUGCUAACACUAAAGAGGACAAACAUCCUGCUUCUGCAAAUCCUGCCAAUGUUAUCACGGUGCUUUCUUAUCACAGCUCCACCGAUGGCGAGCUUCCGGUAUUGGUCGAAGACGAAAAGUUCUACACCAAGGCUCUACAGAGAAGCAUACGGACGACCUUUGUGAUCCAGGAGUUCAUCAAUGCCAGUGCUGUUAGUGGCCAGGAGACUAUGUUGCUGGAACUUUGUGAUUCUGUUCUUUACGAUGGCUGGAUUAUCACCGUUCUCGAAGAGUUGAGUAUAGAUGAAAAAAUCUCCAUUUACUGCGGCAAGCUAGUGGGUGACAAUGACGGUACUGACUUUGGGGCUUUCACGCCCCUGGUUCACCACAAUAUGGUCAAAACGCUGCUGAGACGUAACGGCUUCAGUUUGAGGAACAAAGUGAUAGCCGAACACUUCUCUGCAGACUUUGUGGAUCCCAAAAUGAUAUACCAUCGUGGAAUGCAAAAGUCACGCCUAGUGAACGAGCAGAACAAUAUCAAAGAUAAGUGCCGAAAUCUGCUGAGCACACUGGAAAAAUGUUUAGAUGAAAGGGGUGAUAUCAAGUUCUUCUUUGGAACAGAGGGAAACCCAGGUGCUUUUGACAUCAAACUGGCAUCGUUGAUAUACGCUGUUUUACAUGUAGGAGAUGGUGAGAGUCCAUUGGCUGAGAUUAUCCAUACGAAGCCGUUAUUGGUCCAACACAGCCGCGAUGUGAUUGAGGGCUGUAUUUAA